AGGAAAAUGCAGAAUCACAGAGAACUCAGGUCAUAGCAGAGUUCAACGAAUUACACAAAUUUCUUGAUGAUGAAAAAAUGUUUCUGCUAGAUAGACUAAGUCAAAAGGAAAAGAAAAUUCUAGAAACAUGGGAGGAAAAAUUAAGACACCUUUCAAAUUCCAACUAUUCCAUAAGCAAGCUGAUUAAAGAGAUGGAAGAAAAGUUGAGAUCACAAGAGGUGAUAUUUUUUAAAGAUAUUGAAAACCUGUUUGACAGAAGUAAAGUUAUUAUACCUAUACCACGGAUGGAAUUAUCUAGAAUAAAUAUUAAUGAAUCUAUAUCCCCAUGUUAUGCCUGGAUGGCAAUGAUGAAAAAAUUCAAACCAGCUCCCCUGACACUGGAUCCAAGCACAGCUCACCCCCGGCUUAUUGUGUCUGCAGACCGGACUGCUGUAAAACUCAGCAGUGUGCAGCAGAAGCUGCCAAACAAUCCUGAGAGGUUUGAUGUCUGUCCCGCUGUGCUGAGUUGUGAGGCAUUUCACUCUGGAAGACAUUGCUGGAAUGUACAAGUGGAGGGGGAUAGACCCUGGGCUGUAGGUGUUGUUAGAGAAUCCAUGAGAAGAAAAGGAGGAAAUUGUCUGACACAAUCAAAGGGAUGCCUGGCUGUUUGGUGGUGGGGACUCAAUGAUUACUUAGCUGGGGACUCCUCCCUCCAAUUGACUGAAAAGCUCCAAAGAAUUACUAUGUAUUUAGACUACGAAAGGGGGCAGCUUUCAUUUUACAACCCUGAUACUGUGUCCCAUGUCUACACAUUUAAACAUUUAUUUACGGAGAAAGUGUUUCCUUUCUUUUAUACUUGCAGUUCAGACCCACCCCUUCAAAUAGUAUCCUCUGUAAUGAUUUAAUAUUUUAAAUAGGGUAGACACCCCAGCUCAAAAUUGAAGAGGUUCCUCAGUUCAGUCCUCUGCUCGGGUGCCUUCUGUCCACAGUCUGCAUGCCUUCCCUGGGUUUGUGUGGGUUUCCUCCAGGUACUCUGGUUUCCUCCCACAUUCCAAAG